AAGUCCAAAGAUCAGGCAGACGCAGAGAGGAACAAAUAGGUUGACCUGAGAGUGGUGACCGUCCAGUCUUCGCCAGCCAGAGCAGAGCUGCACCACAGCCGCCUCAGACAACGGCUACGACACAAGGAACCCUGGGAAUAUCAGCACACCCGGAAUACAAUACUUCGCCAUGGAGAUGGAGAUGAAGGAGAUGAAGGAGAUGAAGGUGACAAAAAGCAUCCUGAAAACUAAGAAACAAGUGAGCAUACUGGACAACAGCCAGAGCAGCUCCAUCGGGCCUGUGCGCUGGAAUGUACCUGAGGAGAGCACCCAGCCUCACAACUCAGCACCCAGCGGACCCACAAACACCAACAGCAGCCUCAGCCAACACUCACAGCAACACCCUCGUCAGGUGGGCUUGAAGAACCUCCGCAGCUUGCAGGAGUGUGUGCAGUUCAUCCAUCACUGGAAAGAGCAGGUGGACCAAGUGUGCAAGAAAGGCAAUGCUGAUCCAAAAGAGGGAACUCACAAGAAAGAAGACCAAAUCACUGACAAGAGAACUGAGCGCAGCCUGGAGGAGAGCAGGAAGCUGAUCCUGGAGUGGGCUGAUGAACUCAAUCAUGUCGACAAGCUCCUGAAGAGCACCUCCUGGGCUAAGGUUCAAGAAAAAGACAAAAAAGAUCAGGACCCCAAAGAGGAGACCCAGCUGAGGAUCAUGGAGUGGGCAAAGGAGCUGCAGGAGGCGACUGAGAGCUGUGGUGUGCAGAGUGAAGAGCUGGGGAAAGUGCUGCGUUUGCUCGGUUUGAAAAAGAAACGGCUCGUCAACCUGAUGCCUCUGAUGGAGUUCAUCACCUGGUCUCUACUCAAAGAAGACAGCACGGUGUUGGUUUCACAGAUUUGGCUGCUGGCAAAGCAAAGGACAUGGAAAGCAGGAAUCCCGAGAUACAUCCCAAACUCUGUUUGGAGUUGGAUUUGCAGUGCAGCAGCUGACGUGAUCCUCGACCCAAAGACCAACAACCCCUGGCUAGUGCUAUCAGACGACCAGCGUAUGGUCCAGGAAGCCCACACUGAGGCCGAUUUACCGUACAGCCCCCAGCGCUUUGACAGCUGGCCCUGCGUCCUGGGCUGGGAGGGCUACAACAGCGGCCGCCACUACUGGGAGGUGGACAUCGCCAACAAUGGCUACUGGCGUAUCGGCAUGACCACGGCAGACUCCAAACGUGAAGGCCACUUCCCCAUGAGCCCAAAGCAGGGGUACUGGACCCUGUGGCGAAGCACACAGAAGUUCUACGCCUGCACCAAGCCGGAGACUCUGCUGCCUAACAGCCUGGUGCCUCGACGGGUUGGGGUCUACUUAGACUACGAAGAGGGACAGAUCUCCUUCUACAACGCGGAAACUAAGUUCCACAUCUACACCUUCACCGGGAGCUUUAGAGGAAAGCUGUAUCCUCUGUUUGCACCGCUGGAUGGUCGCACACUCAUGAGAAUCAUCCCGCCAAACAAAAUCUCCACACACUGAGAGAUGAACCCUAACUCUGGGACUACUUCAAGGAUUAAUGUUGACUUUAACAUAAAUUCAGCUCAGAGAAAACAUCAAAAAUAACAUCCAAACACUGGUGAUUUCCUCUGAAUGUUACUCUAAAUCUAUGGACCAUAUUAGAUGAUAGAUUCUGACAGUUUCUCUUUUUAAACUGGAUCUAAAAUCACUGAAGCAUCAGGUGAAACAUGCUUUGAAGAGCCGCAGACACUUUAAAAGACCAGACUUAAUCAAAGUGCUGAUGAUGUACAAUGACUAUAAAAGAAAUCUAAAUGGCCAUUUUAAUCAGGCCUUUAUGAAAUGAAACCCUCUGUGAAUGUAAAAAUAUUUAUUUAUAUUUUAUGGAAUAAGCUUAAUAAAAGGCAAUGAACACUGAAAAACAGGGUUGUAACGAUGCACUCAACUCAUGAUACAAAUCCUUUCAAACACUGGAUUAAACAAAAUAAAUGUAUAAUAUGAUUGUUUUAUUGUGAUUCUACAAUAAUUAAAACAAUAAUUACAUUUUUUCUUAUAUUUUUCUUCAUAUGCAAGCAAUUUUAAUUCUUUUUGUAUAUAGUUAGGAAUUUUAAAAGCAUACUUUUCUUACUGAAAGUGACUGAUUAUAUCUUACAGAAAAACCUUCUCAGAAACAUUUUUGUAAAAUGGAAGAAGUUUUCUGCAUCUGCUGCUUAAAUAAACAGUCCUCUGUGUAUAUUUUUAUACAAUUGAUAUAAAUUGUCAUGAGGUAUCAUUACAGCCCUGCUGAAAAAUGUCCCACUCUCAAUCAUGUGUUUGUUAUUCCAUGACACGGAAGUGAUCAGAAUAUGUGAGGAAGUGUGACACAUUCUUCAUUUAGAUACAUGCAUGCACUUUACAAAACGCUUUCACAUAAUAAAUAUGAGAGAAAAACAUCAUGUUGUCUUCUUUUUCAUGCAAACAUCACCACUAUGCAACCUGAUGCAUCUUUACAAAUGUAACGCUUUGAUAUAAAUCCAUAGCUGACUUUUCAGGUCAGAUCUAUUUAAAUAAAUUGUCCUAAAUAAAAGCGUUGAGUUGUUUGAAGCCUGUCAGGAGUCCUUCUUACACGUCCAGGGUCCAUACUCCUCACAGUCUGCAGCAAAGAGACUCCCACCUCCUCUCAGGUCUGCACAGUCCCUGUGGUUCGCAUCCCACUCUACAGUCAGACUAUAGAAAACACAACAGAUCUCAACAUUUGCUCCAAAAUAUAAGGAUAUUCAAAAGAAAGUUGAUUAUUUAUGAAAUAAUUAGACAUGAG